CACAAGGAAACGGCGCUGAAAGAGGUGCAGGGCGCUUGCCAAGGGGGCGCUCCCGAGCGCCCUCCAGUUCCUCCUCCGGCUCUCCUGCCACGUCUUCGAGGCCUGGGCUGGUGUUACCGGUUGCCCUUUCUUCCGAGACCCCCAUCCAGCCCACUUUCCUUCCCCCGACUGAGCCAGGACGGCGCCCAUUUGGGCCGGGGGGGAGAGAAGCCGCCUGUCCCUCCCCCCGCUUGCUUCCGCUCCCUUUUCUGGGCGGGGCCGCUGACGCGCCCUCGAGUAAGCGCCGCCCCCUUCCGAAGUGGAGGCUCCAGCGCUGGCAGAUCCGGAGUCGCCCCAAUUCGCUUUCCCCGUCUCUCCCGCAGAGUAUCCGGAUGGACCCUCCGGUCAAGGCGGGGCCGCUCCUGCUCCAGCAGCCGUCGGGGUUGCGCAUCGGGUCGAAGCGAUGGAAGAAGAGCUGGUUCGUGCUGUAUCCGUCCAGCCCUCACGGCGUGGCUCGCUUGGAGUUCUUUGACUGCAAGGAGGGGGCCACUGCAGCUGACCGAGUCAGCACCAAGCGCCCAGACAAGAAGAUUGUGCGGCUGGCAGACUGUGUGAGUGUGGCUCCUGCCCCAGACUUCAGCCACAAGGAGGGCCUGUCUGCCUUCCGCCUGGAGACCAACGAGCGCACCUUCCUCUUUGCUGCAGAGCGACAGGAAGCUGCCGACUGGGUGGCUAGACUCUGUGAGACAGCCUUUCUGGGUAACCCUGGCAACACAGCCCAGCCUGCAGCCGAGCAUGGUGGAGAGCAGUCUCUGGAAAUGGCCAUGAACUCCAUAUAUUACUCACGAGAGGAAGUGAACGAGUUCUGGGUGACGGUGCAGAAGACGGAGGCAGCAGAGUGCUGCAAGCUGCAUGGGGUGUAUGUGCUGAAGGCUUCGAGUGACGGCCUCAUCCUUAGAGACCCCCAUUCAAACCAGCCCCUCUACACCUGGCCUUACCGCCUCCUUCGCAGAUACGGAAGGGACAAGGUGAUGUUCUCUUUUGAAGCUGGCCGGCGGUGCGAGUCUGGCCCUGGCAACUUCACCUUUGAGACCAAGCAGGGGAAUGAGAUCUUCCGUGUUGUGGAGGUGGCAAUCCAGGCUCAGAAGGCCCAAGUGGAAGAGAACCGGCAGAGCAGCAGCUCUCUGGAGGCAGAGGCCUGUGGCGUGGGCCAGAUCCAAAGCGCCAUGGCCAACUCCCUCAGCCUGGAGCGGGAGAGCCCUGCUUCCGAGCGGUGGGUGCCUAGGACUGCUCUGACUGCCAAGCUCAGCGUUACUGCAGAAGAGGAGGUGGCUGUGCAACCAACCAAGCGGCAGCAGGGGCUGCGAGACCCUCUGGCCCAGUGGGCUAGCACCCCGCCACGCUCCCCACACCUUGGAGUGCCCCCCGAAGACCCGGUCAAUGUCUACUCUGAGCCCUUGGAUGCUGUCAAGGGCUCCCGGCCCAGGGCAGAAGCCCUGUAUGCUGACCCAGUUGACAGCUGGCGUGAGGGGGGCAGGGAAGAGCACCGCCCUCCAAGUACCAGCUUGCUGUACGAGCAAGUGGGGCCAGUGGCUGGCAGUGGACAGGAGCCACAGAAUGGCAAGGUCAAGGUGCAUAUCUAUGAUGAACCGGAGGGACGGGCCCCAUGGCCGGCGCCUGCUCCCACUGCAGUCUACGAUGAGGCACGCCUCCCUUACGAGGCCUGGCGGACUCAGGGCAUGGAGACACAAGCUGGCUACGAACUCCCUUGCCUGCCUGGGACUGGGGAUUAUGCUGUUCCUGCCUUCCACCAGAAACCAGGCCUCCCCAAGCCCCCCAAGCGCCCCCGAGCCCCUAAGAGGCCCCCUCAGCUGGGCAGCACCAGCAAGCCCCUCUCCUCUCCAGGGCCUGACCAGGACGGGCCAAGGAGCAGCUCUGACAAUGGCGGCAGCGGCAGCAACAACAACAACAACAAGCAAGAAGUCCUCUACAGCCGAGUGGUGAAGUUGCCCCUGCCUGCCCCCGCCAGUCCGGGCCGUUCAGAGCAGGAGCAGUCAGUGGACGAGAGCCGGCCAGCCUCUGUGUACGAAGACCUGGGCGAGAUAUGAUGGCAGGCCUUGUGCGGAGACCCCCCCCCCCACCUUCCCAGGCAGUGCAGUUGGGGUCAGCUGGGUGUCUUAGCACACACACUCCCCCAUCUCCUGGCAGGAUGUGCUUCAGAAAAUAUUUUUCUACAGAUGUUUAUUUUGAUAUUAAAGCAUUUUGUUUUAGUGAA